AUGGGUACUCAUGGCAGGACUCCUACUAUCUUCUCCCUCUACAUCUCCCUCUCUCUCCUCUCCUUUUCGAUUGCCUUCGCCUUCUCUCCCACCGAUCACUACCUCCUCGACUGUGGCUCCACCAAACCCUCCACCGUCGACAACAACCGCCGGUUCACCGGCGACUCCUCCGACUCCGGCUCACAAUUUUUAAAAUCAAGUCGGUCGAUCUCGCUCCGCGACUCAAACCCGUCGCCUGGUUUGUCCCCGCUCUACCAUGCGGUUAGGGUUUUCACAAGACCCUCAAAGUACGCGUUCGAGAUCAGAGAUAGAGGGACCCACUUGGUACGCUUUCACUUUCGCCCGUUCGAUUCGUCAAAUUUCAAUACCUAUGACUCUAAGUUUCACGUUUCCGUUAAUGGGUAUUUGUUGUUGUACAAUUUCACCGUUGGGAAAUCCCAAGCACCUAUUAUUAAGGAUUACGUGAUUUGGGUUGAUGCUAAAAAGCUUGUGAUUACGUUUGUGCCGUCGGAAAAGUCGGAAAUUGCGUUUGUUAACGCAAUCGAAGUGAUUUCUGCGCCAAAAGAUUUGGUAGCUGAUGUAGCGAUGUUAGUGAAUCCUGAGAGAAUUGAGAGAGUCAAUGGGUUGAUGAAGAGUGCGCUUGAAACUGUUUAUAGGGUAAAUGUAGGAGGCCCUAAAGUGACGCCGUUUAAUGAUUCUUUGUGGAGGACUUGGGUCCCCGAUGAUGAGUUCUUGAAAUCGAGUGAUGGGUCACAGAGGGUUUUGUUUAGGGGUCGGGUUAAGUACCAGAUUGGAGGGGCAAGCCGAGAAGUCGGUCCUGAUAAUGUCUACAAUUGUGCUAGAGUGAUCCGUAGUUUGGAUGAUUACGUUCCCCAUAAGAAUAUUUCGUGGGAAUUUCCUGUGAUUGGGGGAUACGAGUAUCUAGUUCGGUUGCAUUUCUGUGAUAUUGCUAGUAUGUCGCUUAAUUUGCUUUACUUUAAUGUGUACGUAAAUGGGAAUCUGGCGUAUGAGAAUUUGGACCUUUCGAGCGUAACAACAAUGGCGUUGGCUUUUCCUUUCUAUGCCGAUUUCGUGGUGAAUAUGGAGAGUUCAGGGGUUUUGACCGUGAGUGUUGGACCUUCAAAUAUGAGCAUGUCACACACCAUCGAUGCUAUUCUCAAUGGUGUUGAGAUCAUGAAGUUGAAUAAUUCAAUGGGUAGUCUUGAUGGAAAUAUUUGUGCAGCUUCAGUUUUGAAGAAUUGGACAAGAAGGAACACUGGUGGUGUGGUUCUUUUGAUUGCAGCUAUGUGUUUACUCGGAACUGCACUCAUGGUCAUGCAUAGAAGAUGGGUUAGGGUUAAGAAUUCUGUGGGAUGGUUACCAAUACCUGUGGAUGUCUCUGAAGUGAAUUUGAAGUGA